AUGGCUAAGUCCUCCAGCUCAGCUUCCAAGAAGCAGAAGCUGGACCAUCUCGAUGCUUUCCGUAGAGGCAUUCCCUUCGUGUCGUGCUCGGCAUUGGCAGCGAUUUUGAACAAGGUGGAACAGGAAGGAGUGCCAGAGCUGCAUGGAAGGAAGAACAUCAAGCAAGCGGUUCUGGAGAAGAUUGCCGCCAUGGCUGGGGAUUGUGGGUCUUUACUCAAGCAGCUCACAGCUGUGCGAAUUGAUGGUGGGGAUUUGCACUUUCAUAUCCUCAACCUACCAACAAUGCUCCAGGGGUUAUACAGGCAGGAAGUUUCAAUCACAUGCACAUGCAAGACCCCUCAAGCUUGGACUGCCCAUGGAAGGGAGUUCUUUAUGCUGAUGAAGCUCAUCCCGGCAAUCAACUUUCCAGUACUGGAGCGACACUGGUUUACAUUGGCGGUCUUGAGAACUGAACUAGUACAAAAAGUUGAAGCUGGUAUCGGCCAGACCCUGAGACUCAUUUUGGAAGAUAUGUUCGCACAGCAGCUCUGGAACCCGGUGCAUGGCAUUGUCAUGAAAUCAACCGAUGCAUUGUUUGUUUUCCAUUGGACCCUCCACGUCUUUUUACAAGACGGCAGUGCCCAGAAGCAAACAUUUGCAAACCGCCACGACAUCGGUUCUCGUGUUUGCAUGCUCUGCAAGAACAUUUUCAAUGUUAGACGUGAAGGUGAUGAUGACGACGAGGGGAAGAUCAGCUCCAGACACCUGACCCUGUCCUCCUGCGACCUUGCCUCGGACAGCGAAUGGCUGCAGAGUUGGGAUCGGCUGGCAGCAAAGGCAGGAACUGAAAGCAAGGCUCGCUUUGCAAUGCUUCAACAAGCAAGUGGAUGGACAUUUUCGCCACAUGCUUUGUGCAUGUCUUCCAGCAACGGAGUUCUCAGUUUCGUUAUAUGUUGGGCAUUCGAGUCAUGGCGAAACCAUGGCAAAGCCGAUGUGUGGGAAUCCUUCGCAGGCUACUUGGAGUUGUGGCAGUUGCCCGGUGCCAACAGACAAGGCUCCUUGAGCAGUUUGUUUUCGGCAGACAAAAUCAAGAGCCACAGAAAAACAGGUCAUCUCAAGUGUACUGCAUCCGAAGUUCUGGGUUUGUUGAAACCAUUGCAGCGCUACUUCACAACAUGCUGCCUGCAAGAAGAAGUGCAGCCUGCGAAAGCAUCGCUUCUAGCAUGGUUGCAUGUGCUCGAACUCUUGAACGAUCAAAAUCAAGCACCACUUCGGUCCAGACAACUGCUCCUUGCUUGCGAGGAAGCCUUGGAAAAAGCGGUGCAGGCAGGAUGGGGUCCAGUGAUGCGGCCGAAGUUUCAUUGGACCCUCCACUUGGAUGGUUGCUACGAGAAACAAGGAUUUCUGCCUGCAUGCUGGGUCUUGGAAGCCGCCCGUAAAUAUGGGUCGGCUUCUAGCAAUACGAUUCGUUCCGACACAUCUCUUCUGGAAGAGGUGACUGCAGAGCAUUUGUCGGUCAUGGGCAAAGAAGAGGGUUUCCAUUUGCGGGCACAUUUGCUGCAGCCGCAUGCUUGCACUGCAAAGCUGAAGAAAAGCUUGGUGCAGUACAAUGUCCUGCGGCAGGAGGAUGAGUGCAUGACAAGCACCAUGACAAGGCUGAAGCAUGGUGCUAUCAUCAAGAAAGGCGACAUGGUGCUGCAUGGCAAUGAGCCAGCAUGCAUGCAUCUUGGCAAGCACAAUCCCAUGUUCAAGCAUGCAUGA